UUUCGUUAGUAUUUCAUUAAACAUGGCCAAUGUUAGACCUUUGAGUGAAGAUUUACAAAAGGCGGCAGCCCAAAUCGGUGAGACCCCAACGCGUUUAGCUGAAGAUUUGGCCGCAUUAAAGGAAUGGAUCAAACAACAACCUCAUUUGCGGGCAAAUACGGAUGAUCAGUUUUUGGCGGCAUUUUUGCGAGGUUGCAAAUACAGUUUGGAAAGGGCCAAAGGAAAAAUUGACAAAUUCUUUACGUUGCGAAGUAAGUAUCCGGAAAUUUUUGCUCCAAAGGAUGUUGAUGAUCCUAAAUUUCGAGAAAUUAAUCGUGCCGGCAUUUUCCUAUAUUUACCCACUCCUCUACAUGAUAAUGGUCCACGAAUUGCCCUUAUGCGUUCCGGUGUAUACCCUGCCGAUAAAUAUACGGUGGAGGAAACACUGCAGGUUGCUCAUGCCAUGCAGGAAAUACAAUUUUACUACGAUGAUUAUGCCAUCAUAAAUGGCAUAAUAUUUAUAGGCGAUUUCCAAAAGGCCACAAUGUCGCAUUUUGUUCAAAUGACUCCAUCCAUAAUGAAGAAAAUGACAGUGUAUGAUGAAGAGGCUGUACCGCUAAGGCCAAAAGCGUCUCACUUCAUAAACACCGUAAGAGGAUUUGAGCCGAUUUUCAAUAUGAUCAAGCCCAUGAUGUCGCCCAAACAACAGAGCCGGCUAUUUGUUCAUGGCAGUAAAAUGGAAUUGCUUACCAAAGAAAUCCCUUUAAAAUAUUUACCCAAAGAAUAUGGAGGCGAAAACGGCUCAAUACCAGAAAUUGUUGAGGAAUGGGACAAAAAGUUUGACGAAUAUAGAGACUAUUUCAAAAGGAGUGCAGCAUAUGGUACCGAUGAGAAAUUAAGACCUGGCAAAGCAAUUGAUUUUGAUAGCUUAUUGGGAAUUGAUGGCUCUUUCCGAAAAUUAAAUGUUGACUAAUGUAAUUUGGUGGUAUUUGUUAAAUGUUAUUUAUACAGAAUAAGUUUUUGCUUGAGUUUGUUCACUUACCAUUCUUAAUAUGAGACACAAUCUUUAUAUGAGUUCCUUAGA